AUGUCUGACCAGCCCCAGCCUUCCACUCUGAAGUCCGUCAUCGACUCUACCACUGGUGCUGUCCAGAAUGCUAUUGGCAGCUUGACUGGCAACACAAGCGACCAGGCUGCUGGCGACCUCAAGAAGCAGAAGGCCGAGGCCGAGCACGAUGCUUCCCACGCUACCGCUAAGCUCCCCGGUGUCACUCUCUCUGGCUCUGGUGCUGCUGCCAAGGACGACCCCAACCGCACUGAGGGUUCUUGGAAUCAGACUGCUGGAUCCGCCAAGGAGACCAUCGGAGGUCUUAUCGGCAACGAGUCCUUGAAGCAGCAAGGUCGUGAGCAGAACCUCGAGGGACGCAACCAAGAGGCCAAGGGUCAGCUCAGUGACCUCGGGUCUGGCCUCAGCGAACGUGUUCAGGGUACUGUUGGAGGUGCCGUCUCCAACCUUACCGGUGACAAGGAGAAGGAAGCUCACUAUGACGAGCUACGUGCCGAGGGCAAGACCCGUCAGCGUGGCGUAGAGCAUGAUGUCCAGAAGCAAGCUGAGGCUGAGCACCGCGGUUAA